UCGAUCCUUGCGGCAGGACGAGCGGAACCAGCCGUUGCCAAUAACUUCAAACAGCCUUUCGAGCCUGUCAGCGGUGUGUUGCCUGCUGUACUGCCUCUUCCUCUGGCCUGACACCUGGAACCAUGCUGUCCUUCGCCCUGAGACAACUCACACGGCCACUGUGCCAGCGGGCCCCAAUUCGUCUCAGCGUACGUGGCCAGCACGCUGCCACCCGUACAGUGGAUGAAGAUCGUCCGUGGACGGGUCAGGAGAGCCUAGCUCAAGAUGACCCCGAAAUGUGGGACCUGCUGCAGAAAGAGAAGGACAGGCAGUGUCGUGGUUUGGAGCUCAUUGCAUCUGAGAAUUUCUGCAGCCGAGCAGCUCUGGAAGCUCAGGGCUCCUGUCUGAACAACAAAUACUCUGAAGGCUACCCAGGGAGAAGGUACUAUGGAGGAGCCGAAGUGGUUGACCAAAUCGAGCUGCUGUGUCAGAGGCGAGCUCUAGAGGCCUUUGACCUGGACCCAGCUCUGUGGGGUGUCAACGUCCAGCCAUACUCUGGAUCACCAGCUAACUUUGCAGUCUACACUGCUGUGCUAAACCCCCAUGACCGCAUCAUGGGCCUGGACCUGCCCGACGGAGGACAUCUGACCCAUGGCUACAUGUCUGAUGUGAAGAGAAUCUCUGCAACGUCGAUCUAUUUUGAAUCCAUGCCCUACAAACUAAAUACUGCAACAGGACUCAUAGACUACGACCAGAUGGAGUUGACGGCCAAGCUGUUCCGGCCCAAGCUCAUCAUCGCUGGCACCAGUGCCUAUGCCCGCCUCAUUGACUAUGCCCGCAUUAAGAAGCUCUGCACCAACAUUAAUGCUUACAUGCUUGCUGACAUGGCUCAUAUAAGUGGGCUGGUAGCGGCCAAAGCCAUCCCCUCCCCAUUUGAACACGCUGACCUGGUCACCUCCACCACACACAAGUCUCUCCGAGGAGCCAGGGCUGGCCUCAUCUUCUAUCGCAAGGGUGUUCGCUCGGUGGACAAGAAGGGAAAGGAAAUCAUGUACGACCUUGAGGACAAGGUCAACUUCUCUGUCUUUCCCUCGCUGCAGGGUGGACCUCAUAACCAUGCUAUUGCUGGAGUAGCCGUGGCACUCAGACAGGCACAGUCCCCCAUGUUUAAGGAGUACAUUGCCCAGGUCCUAAAGAACGCCAAGUCUAUGGCUGCAGCUCUUCUCAGCAAAGGCUACACCCUAGUAUCAGAUGGGACCGACAACCACCUGGUCCUGGUGGAUCUGCGGCCUAAGGGCAUUGACGGGGCUCGGGCUGAGAGGGUGCUGGAGCUCGUGUCAAUCACUGCAAAUAAGAACACCUGCCCCGGGGACAAGAGCGCCCUGACUCCUGGUGGCCUCAGGCUAGGCGCUCCAGCUCUGACCUCCAGACAGUUUAAAGAGGCCGACUUUGUGCAAGUUGUCGAGUUCAUGGAUGAAGGCUUCAAAAUUGCGUUGGAUGUCAAGAAAAAGACAGGAAAGCUCCAGGACUUCAAGAACUUCCUUCUUCAGGACCCAGAGACCAUCGCUCGCAUCGCAGACCUACGCCACCGUGUUGAAGCUUUUGCCAGGCCCUUCCCCAUGCCAGGGUUCCACGACCAUUAGGCCGGCCGACGUGGAGUCACUGAUCUGUGACAGCCAGAUGGCAGAAACCUGGCUGGGCAGAAGUGUGCACGGAGAAAAUGGGGAAAAAUGUCAUGUAAUGAAAUGUGUUUGUGCCUGUGAAUUUGGAUGACUUGAGUUCACUUUUUUCCAAUCAGAUCUGAAGAAGUGUUUUUUUUGUACUUCUUUGCAGUCAUCCAUCAAUCUAUUCUUGUAACAACAUGGCCUCCAUGUUGAGGCAAAAGAAACAAUAACGUUUGUCAGAUUUUGUAGAGCAGAAGAACCUAUUUUCUAUUGUAUGUGUGAAGAUCUUUCUCAGCUGUCUUCCCACCGCUUGUUUAGCGCAAAUGUGUGGGAGGGAAAAAAUAACAUGUCAAAUGAAACAAAGACCAACACUCGUUAUCACAGUCUGUGUGACGUGAUAAAUGUAUAAUUAGUCAUUAUAACAAGAUACGUAAAGAGUCUUAACUAAUGUCACUGAUGUAUUUUACUGUGUUCAUGAGGAGAUGUUUGCAUGACAGCUUUGUACUGUCAUCAGUCUUUGAAAGCAGGUACACAAACGGGUAUCAUGAGGUGAAGGGGUGUUUUGUCAAGAUGUGUUGGCCUUCUUUUUGUAGGGAGAUGUUUUGUUAAAAACUGAUAUUAACCCUAAAUAUCAGAAUGUCAUAUUUGAAAUUUAGCUCUUUAACUUAGACCUACUUUCUGAGGUGAAGGGUUGAAGCCAAAAUUAUCCAGAAGACAGGCUGAAUAACCGUGAUAUCUUUUAAAAUGGUGUGGUUCAGUAAAGCAACACUACAGCUGUUCACAAAGUUGUUUGAGAACACGUUUCACACAGUGUAAGCAAAAGUCAAAUAUCAGCUUUAAAAGUAGAAUUAAUGUGAAUUUCUAUUAGAUUGCAACAUGCGUCUAAAAUCUAACAGAAAAUAUAAUUUUCUUUUGACUUUGCUGUAACUGUCUUCAUUUUUUUUUUUUUUUAAAUUCCAGCGUAUCAUAGAUGUCAGAUUUAACGCUCUUUAUUUUCUUAGGACAAAAUCAUCAUCAUAACCAAAUGGAGUACUAACAGAAUUGCUGCUCUGCAUUGUUUCCCAUUUGUUUCAUUUUGUUUACAGAGAGUAUAUACUUUUCUAUAUAUUAUUUAAAAAGAAUCGCCACCAUUUCACAAAUAUCUGUAGGUUUCUGGUAACGUGCUUGUUUGUUACACCACACAAGAGACAGCUUGUAGUGCAGUCUGCCUGACUUGAGUGUCUUUUUUUUUUUUUUUUUUGCAAUGUGGAGUUCAGUGAUGGAAGCUGUGAAGCAGCUUGAUUUGAUCAAACAUUCUGAGUAUUUUGUUGUCUGUCUGGUUCACAGAUUGGCACUGUUGUCAUUGUCACUGCAUCAGUGAGGAAGCAGGAUUUCUGUUUGUGAAACGGUCUUACAGCACAAUUGAGAAAGAGGCGUUGUAAAAAUGAUGUGCUGCUUUCCUACUUUGCACAGAACACAUCUUUUAAAGUGAACAAAUUCAAUUUUUCUGACAAGCAUUCGCCAAAAUAUACCAACAAGUAUUUUACUACUAAAUCUGUUUGUCAUCUCUGAUGUGCUUCCAGCCAUUGUACACCAACACAAGUUUGAACUAACUUUCGUUUACAGAAUCAUUUUAUUAGCAGAGUCCUAAUAAAAAUCCAAUAACGCAAAUUGA